UUUCUUUUCUUUUUUAGUCACAUCAACAGGAAAACACAGUAUGAGAAUCCAGUUCUGGAAGCAAAAAGGAAAAAGCAGCUUGAGCAACAGCCACCAGCACAACCACCAGCACAGCCACCUGAAGAAUGGACUGAAGAGAAUCCCCCGCUUGCCCCUCCUGUUGUUCCAAACCAUGUUCCCACUAGCCAGGAGACAGUUAGAGAUGUUCCAGUACAAGCAGGGAAACCAUUUUUCACCCGGAAUCCAUCUGAACUGAAAGGGAAGUUCAUUCACACCAAACUGAGGAAAAGCAGCAGAGGCUUUGGCUUCACGGUGGUCGGCGGAGACGAACCAGACGAAUUUCUCCAGAUAAAGAGUUUGGUGCUUGACGGGCCUGCAGCACUGGAUGGCAAAAUGGAAACAGGAGAUGUUAUUGUCAGCGUGAAUGACACAUGUGUACUGGGCCAUACCCAUGCCCAAGUGGUCAAAAUCUUCCAGUCAAUUCCUAUUGGUGCCAGUGUGGACCUAGAACUGUGCCGAGGCUAUCCUCUGCCUUUUGACCCAGAUGAUCCCAACACAAGCCUGGUGACAUCUGUGGCCAUUUUGGAUAAAGAACCAAUCAUUGUGAAUGGGCAAGAAAACUACGACUCUCCAGCAAGCCAUGGUAGUAAAACAGGGAAAGUAAAUGGGAUGAAAGAGCAAAGGCCUAGCAGUCCCACUGAGGUUUCUUCCAAUGGAUCCCACGGCUACCCCAACGACACAGUAUCUUUGGCUUCUUCUAUAGCAACGCAACCUGAACUCAUAACUGUACAUAUAAUUAAAGGGCCAAUGGGCUUUGGCUUUACUAUAGCAGACAGUCCUGGGGGUGGGGGACAGAGAGUGAAGCAAAUUGUUGACAGCCCAAGAUGUCGAGGCCUAAAAGAAGGGGAUCUUAUAGUUGAAGUCAACAAGAAGAAUGUGCAGAAUCUAACUCACAACCAAGUUGUGGAUAUGCUGAUUGAAUGUCCUAAAGGAAGUGAGGUGACGCUGCUGGUACAACGAGGAGGAUUGCCAGCCCCAAAGAAGAGUCCAAAGUCGCAACCACUUGAACGGAAAGACAGCCAAAACAGCUCUCAGCACAGCGUCUCCAGCCACCACAGCACACACACGGCUUCACCUGUUCAUAGCACUCAGGUGCUUCCCGACUACCCUGUUCCUGAAACACCAGCUACAGACCAGCCAGACAACGUGGGGCAGAAGAAGCCAGAUCCAUUCAAAAUCUGGGCCCAGUCCAGGAGCAUGUAUGAAAGCCGACUUCCAGAUUAUCAAGAGCAGGAUAUCUUUCUCUGGAGGAAGGAAACUGGUUUUGGAUUUAGGAUUCUUGGUGGAAAUGAGCCUGGGGAACCAAUUUACAUUGGUCAUAUUGUGCCAUUGGGUGCUGCAGACGCUGAUGGCCGCCUGAGAUCUGGAGAUGAAUUAAUCUGCGUGGAUGGUACACCAGUGGUUGGGAAAUCACACCAACUUGUAGUCCAGCUUAUGCAGCAAGCUGCAAAGCAAGGCCACGUCAAUUUAACCAUCAGGCGCAAAGUGGUGUAUACAGUCCCCAAAGCAGAGAAUGAGGUUCCCUCUCCAGCCUCAUCUCAUCACAGCAGCAACCAGCCGGCUUCUUUGACAGAGGAGAAACGCACCCCCCAGGGAAGCCAAAACUCACUCAACACAGUCAGUUCAGGCAGCGGCAGCACCAGUGGAAUUGGUAGUGGUGGAGGUGGCGGCAGUGGCGUGGUCAGCACUGUGGUCCAGCCGUAUGAUGUCGAAAUACGGCGUGGAGAAAAUGAAGGUUUUGGAUUUGUCAUUGUGUCUUCAGUUAGUCGCCCAGAAGCUGGAACAACUUUUGCAGGCAAUGCAUGUGUGGCCAUGCCUCACAAAAUAGGUCGGAUUAUUGAGGGGAGCCCAGCAGACCGGUGCGGGAAGCUGAAAGUUGGGGACCGGAUAUUGGCUGUUAAUGGAUGCUCCAUCACCAACAAAUCACAUUCGGACAUCGUCAAUCUAAUUAAAGAAGCAGGAAACAUGGUUACUCUGCGCAUAAUUCCAGGGGAUGAAUCCUCCAAUGCAACAUUAUUGACCAAUGCAGAAAAAAUUGCUACAAUUACAACUACACAUACUCCUCAACAAAUGCCACAGGAGACCAGAAACAAUGCAAAGACAAAACAGGAAUCCCAGUUUGAUUUCAAAGCACCCACAGCCUCCCAGCCAGAACAAGAUUUUUACACUGUUGAACUUGAAAGAGGAGCUAAAGGGUUUGGCUUCAGUCUGCGAGGUGGCCGAGAAUAUAACAUGGAUCUCUAUGUCUUGCGGUUAGCAGAAGAUGGUCCUGCUGAAAGAUGUGGGAAAAUGAGGAUUGGGGAUGAAAUCCUGGAGAUUAAUGGAGAAACCACAAAGAACAUGAAGCACGCUCGAGCCAUAGAACUAAUUAAAAAUGGUGGCCGCAAAGUUCGCCUGUUUCUCAAACGUGGAGAUGGUUCUGUACCAGAAUAUGACCCCAGCAGUGACAGGAGCAGCCCAGCCACAAGUGCACAAAAAGUAUCGGAAGUGAAAAACAUGCAGUAUGACAGACAACAACACUUAUCAUUGGAGCCCAGUUAUCCACCAGAUCUUCACAAAUCAUCCCAACAUGGAGAGAAGCGGAUAUAUUUUAAGGACCCCAAAAGCAGCAGAGAGUUUGGCAGACAAUCAAAUGAGCAUCACACAUGGAACGGAACUUCUAAAAACAGCAAUAGCAUCCCAACCAGAAAAAAGGACAGGUCACCGGAAAGGAGGCGAGAGCGACAACCAGAGAGAAUGGCCAUCAACGGACAAAAACGGAAACCUCCUGAAAAGAGGAGGGAAGGUACAAGGAGUGCUGAAAAUACUCUGGAGAGAAGAGAAAGGCAUGAAAAGAGAAGAGACUUUUCUCCAGAGAAACGAAGAGAACGAUCACCGACCCACAGACGGGAUAGCUCACCCAGCAGAAGGAGACGGUCGCUCGAAAGGCUAAUGGAUCAGAGGAGAUCGCCAGAUAGAAAGAGGGAGAGCUCACCUCCUGAAAGGAGGGCUAAGUCAACAGAUAGGAGGAGGGAGAGGACCCCAGAACGAAGAAGAGAGAGGUCUCCCGAUAAACGAAAUCGAGACGGCAGAGUCAGUUUCCGGGAGAAGGAGGAAUGCACGCUGAGAUACGACACAAAUAAGAGUAACAGGCACCCAGUGGAACAAAGACGGCGACCCUAUAAAGAGUGCAGCACUGACCUCAGUAUCUAGUGGCUUUUGCAGGCCCACAAUACUCGUGUGGCCUUUCCAGCAUUCAGAAUUCCUAGGAAGGAAGGUAGCAAGCCUCAAAUGCCUCCCACAGCCACCACACAACUAAAAUCUAAUCAUCAGACCAUAUUUACGUGUUUUUGCACAUGGUGUAGGUCAACAUUAAAGUAUUUUUCAGUAUAUUCAUUUCAAAACAUACUUGCCAAAUGUUCAUCCAGAAGGCUGAUGAAAGUUGUGUUCCUUUCUAACUAGUUACCAUAGUGAGCAUAAAUUCAUUGUAUUUUUCUGUGGCUUUGUUGUUCCUUUCUUAGUUUUAGGUGGGCAAGCCACAGUGGUUAAGAUUUUAUGAUCAACCACAUUGUUUCAUUGAUUGAUUCAUUGCAAUGAUGAAUUUAUGAUUUUCUAAAGAAUGGGUUGGAGGAAGAGGGGGUUGAUUGGUAAAACUGAGAACUACUGUGGAGUGAUUUUUUUUUCCCCUUUACAAAUAAAGAACAUAGUACUCAACUUUUAAGAGAACUAUUUGAAGAGACUACUGCUGGGAUGAAGGAUAUUUAUACAGAUCUACACAGCACGAGUAGUUAAGGAAUGUAUAGUGUGUUCCAUGAACAAUAUGUACUUUUGGGUCUCCUUUAAAAGGAAGUAAGGUGGCCAUGGAUUCGUACUCAUGCAUUGCAUCAUGCACAGGACAAACCAUCAUGUUUGUUCAUAAUUGUGACCAUUAAAGGCAGCACUACUGUUGUUCAACCGGUAGGACUAUGCAGAUGAAACUGGAACCUGAAUGGUAUCACGUGUUUGCCUUGAAGGGAAAUUGACAUUAAUUUGAUUCCUUUUUCAAGAAGCAUUUUGAGGAACAAAUCCUUCUUUUAUAGGCUGAGUUUAAAUGCUUUCAGGUCAGUCUAAGCAUUUAAGUACUCUUGUUGCCAAAUGGACCUGUCUCUCUGGGCUUCUGUUUUUUAAUUAUUAUUAUUAUUAUUUUAACUUUUUUCCUUUCUACUUUCUGGUUACCCUUACUUGAGACAAAAAGUACAUUUGCGAAUUGUCAUACAAACAAAAAGAUAAAAAUUUGGUAUGGAGUUCUUGAGAGAAAGCUGUGGUUUGUGCUCUACUUCAGACUGUAAGGAAUGGAACAAACCUAUGCAAGGUUUUAUUCUGUGGGGUAUUUUCAUGCAAGUUUGUGCGGUAAGUAUACUGUAGUGCCGAUAGGACAAUUAAUGGAUUACUGCCUAGCUGAGCCAAAAAUUUGCCGUUACUGUUGGACCACUCGAAAUUUUUAACUGCUGCUUUUUAUUUUACAGUGCAUUGAUGUGUACCUGUAUCCUGUGUCACUGUUUUUCAUAUACCCGUGCACAAACACAUAUACACAAAGAAAAAGGAUUACAAGUCUAUCACUGUUAUCGCCCUGGUACUGUAAAGAAAAAGGAAAGACAAAGAUAGCUUGUCGUUAUGUGUACAGAGUUUAAAUUGUAAUUAGCAGAGCCUGUUGAAAGCAAACAAAAAGAAACUGUUGACUUCUUUGUUUGUAUAAAAGAGACUUUAUGACAAAAUUUAGCUGUGAGGAAUGUGCUACAUGUUUAUAUUUCUGGAAAAAAUGGAACAAAUUGAUUCAUGGGGAUAUAUUUUAAUGUAAACUGAAUCAGGUAUGUAAAGCUGUUUUAACAGAAGACAAUAUAAGUAACUUGGAAGAUUUUGUUGAUUGGAAGAUCAUAUCAUGUCCUCCGAUGGGGUGGGAAGUGCCUCUUGGAGGCAUUUGGGUGCGGUUUGUGUUCUUCAGUCAUCAUUACUUGCCAUGUGCUCUGGUCAUAGUGCUGUUUUUCUGUGUUGAUGAGAAGCGUAUGUGGGCCAAUCUUUUUUAUAAAAACCCUAUGCAUAUAUAAAUACUACAUUGUUCAUAGCUUUAUUUGAAAGAUUGGGUUUAUACAUGAUGAUAGUCUAAGUAGAUGUGGACUUUACUCAAUAUAAGAUUCUUUCCUAGGGACAAAAUACAAUGUAUAUGAUGUAGCUACAAUGAAGGAAAGAGUCUCUGAAUGCUAUUUUUAUUAUCAAAUAAAGAUUUCCAUACAAA